AGGGGGCCCGGAGCAAGAUGGCGGUGAAUCAGAACCACGUCGAGAACCGCCGCGGGGCCGUCAUCCCUUUUGGCGAAUGGUGCUUGACGGGAAGCCGGGGGCCUGGGGUGCUGUCCGAGGAGGGAGGAGGCGGACGGGUAGAGUGGGCGCAGGCUCUCAGCCACUCAGGGUCUUUCCCGCCUUUUCCUGUGUCUUGAAGCAGUGUGAGGAUGUGGACCUCUCCUUCCUGCAGCACCCAGAGGGAUCCGAUUUCUUUAGUGGUACAAAGAGAGGAACACUAUUUCUUACUCCAUACCGGGUGAUCUUCGUGACUUCACAUUCAGUCAAUGAUCCCAUGUUUUCUUUUAUGAUGCCAUUUGAUCUGAUGAGUAACUGUGUCAUUGAACAACCAGUCUUUGCUCCCAACUACAUUAAAGGAACCAUUCAGGCAACUCCAGAUGGUGGCUGGGAAGGACAGGCUAUUUUUAAGUUGUCCUUCAGAAAAGGAGGUGCCAUCGAAUUUGCUGAAUUGAUGAUGAAAGCUUCCUCUGCUGCUGCCAGAGGUAUUCCAUUUGUAAGUGUAAAUUACUGGUUCAGUGCUCGAGGACCAUAUGUAGUUACUGGACAGGGGAACAUGAUGUGCACCCAACAAAUGCCUUGUCCAGGAUACCCAGUUGUUGUCUGUGGGCCCCUAUCAGCAGGACAUGGAGCCCCACCUGCAGGAUAUGGAGCCCCGUUAGUGGGAUAUGGAGCCCUGCCAGUGGGAUACACAGCCCCACCUGUGGCAUAUGGAGCCCCACCAGUGGGAUACGGAGCCCCACCAGUGGGGUAUGGAGCCCCACCAGCGGGAUACAGAGCCCCACCAGGGGGGUAUGGAGUACUCCCUGCAGAAAAUGAAGCUCUACCAGCUGGAAGUGGAGCCCUGCCUGCAGGAUAUGGAGCCCUGCCUCUAGGACAUGAAACUCCACCUGCUGAAAAUAGGGCUGGGACUCAAAAAUCUGUGGCAGCCCAGCCUAGCAGAUGUGAGACUUCUCUUCCUUUGGGCUCAUCCCCUAAGUCCCGUUUACCAUCAUCUGAGUAAACCUUGAGGACGCACCAAGCAAAGUGGCACACACUAAACCGGAAGUCGAGAUAAGAAGGAUUCAGGUGUGUGAUUAAAGGGCUGUUGUUCAACCCUUGGGAAGGGCAAUCUGAAGGGGAUGGUGAAGUUUUAUUUCCAUGUCUAGAUUUUAGAAGCAAAGUCACUCUUGAUUAGAUGGGCUAAAGGAGAAUUAGAAUUGUAGAGCUAAUUCCUCAAUAAUUUGGUUGACAUUGGGUUGCAUUUUUUAAUAUACCUUGAAUGUGAGUGUGUAAAAAGCUUCCUGCCUUAAUCCCUCCGCAUUCAAGAUACAUUUAGUAUACUCAGUUUUCCAGGCACUAAGAUAUAUGUUAGAAAUAUCAAGUUGAACACUUAGUUGUUUUUUACAACAUUCUUUACGUUAGUGAAAAGAUGGAACAACCAAAAUUUCCAGUAGUGAGAGACAACUUAGUAAGUAAUGGCACAUCCAUACAAUGGAAUAUUAUGUAACCAUUGAAAAUGAUGUCUCAGAGGUAGGGAAAGUCUUCUCUAUGAAGACCAAAACAAUGAAGCAAUAAAGGAAAACAGCAAUAAAUUUGAAUGUAUGAAAAUUUUAAACUUCUAUAUAACCAAAGUUAAAUGAUAGGCAACAGACUAGGAGGAAGUGAUAUGCAUGAGGUAGGCACCCAUGACCCCUCACCCAUUAAAUGCCAGCAGUGGCCUACAGUUGUGAUAACUAAAAAUGGCCCCAUUUUUCCUAAUUUCACACUGUGAGGGAGUGCCAUCUCUGUUGAUAACCACCAUUCUAGACUCUUCUAGGCUAUUCCAAGGUUUUCAGCCUCUUAAGAGCUCACUGUUUUCCCAUUCUGACCAAGUUCCUAAUUUCAUUUGCCUUUCCUUACCUUUUUGCAGUCUCAUUAAGCCACCUAAAGUGAGGCCUUAAAAAUAUUAUAUCAGGUAUUUUAAGAUAGUUAUACAGCAGAAGCGUUUCAGAAGCUCUAGUUGACAAUAUUACCAGACCCAAAAGAUGUUUAAACCAGUGUAUUUUUUCUCUGCAUAUAUUUUGCAUGUAGUUAAGAACAUACUAUAUAUAUACAGUGUUUCACCUGACAUUUUACAAACAUUUUCACAGGUUUUUUUUCUUUUCUUUUUAAUUAAGGUAUCAUUGAGAUACACUCUUAUGAAGGUUUCACAUGAAAAACAUUGUUUACUACAUUCAUCCAUAUCAUCAAGCCCCUUCCAUACCCCAUUGAAGUCACUGUCCAUCAGUGUAGUAAGAUGCCACAGAGUCACUACUUGUCUUCUCUGUGCUACACUGUGUUCCCUGUUUUCAUAAUUUUUUAAACAGCUUUAUUGAGGUAUAAUUGAUAUAGUGAAAACUGUAUAUAUUUGAUGUAUACAAUUUGAUGAUUUUUGUAAGUUUUUAAGAAUUCUUCAUAAAUAUCGUUAGUGGCUACAUUAUAUCCUGAUAUGGUUGCACCAUUACAUAUUUUAUCAACCACUAUUUUAACAUAUUUGUUUCCAGGUUUUUGUUAUUACAAACAACAUUGUGACUAACGUGUGUAUAGAGCUUUUUUUGAAUUUUGGAUUAUGUCCUUAAACAGGUUAGAAUUGUUGAUUGAUUCUCAUGAUAACAAUUAGGAAGCCAGAUGCUCCUAUGUUCCCAAGAACAGCCUUUUUCCUAAAGAGGUCAGGUGGAUGUUGAUGGGUGUUACGUGAAGAAAGGGGCUAUGGGGUUACGGAGUCACAUAUAUUUUAAAAAGCCAGGUCAAUUUAGUUACUUCAUGACUUCUCAGACCUUGAAUAUACUAAUGCACAUCAUCUCCAAGAGGGAGAGAUUUUCAAAAUAUACAUCUUUUUUUCAAAAUUAUUUGACCUUGGGCUAUUUCAUUCACUAAACAUUUUGGAAAAACUAUUAGUCAGUGGAACAAACUUUGGGAAAUGCUUUUUGGAAUGAUGGGAUAUUGGAAUUAAAAUGGACUUCAAGUGUCUGGAAUAUGCAGGGCCUUAGAGCUGUUUCCAACAAUGAGACAAAUGAAAGACCAUUUUUCCUUCCAUUCCAAGAAAAGUUUCAUGUCCAGUCUGCAGAGAACAGAAGAUCUUCUUGAGGAAGAUAUAUGAUAAUAUAGAAAGUAGCUACUGCUUCCUCUUAAAAAUUGCUGGCAGAGAGUUAUGGGUCUAGGUAUCUGGAAUGUCAAUAGAACAAGGAACUGCCAAUAGGCCCAGACAGCUGGCAGGA